GCGAAUGGGAAGCCAGCUGGAGUACAACGGAGUCGUGACGCUCACCGAGUGUUAUGUUGUUAUGAAGCGCAGCAGUGUCGUGAAAUCGAGGUGUAAGUUGUAGUAGGUGAGUUUAAGGCAACAGCUAAUGACUAUGAAGAAUAGCACAGGUUUAAGUGAGUGUUGCAGGAUGUCAACUUGAGCAAGUUUCACCAAAGGCAGUCCGGAGACGACGGGACGGCACAGAAUGGGACACCCCAAUGUGCCACUAUCCUACAAAUAUGCACGAUCCCACAAAGACAGAUGCAGAUCCACUCGACUGCAGCCUUACACACCAAACGACAACUUGAACAAUGCAUUAGGCGCUAUCAGGGUCCUUGGCGUGGAGCUGAUUGAAGAUGAACUUAAGCCCCAUCUGAACACAGUGCUGACCAAUAUCAAGGAGAGGAAGAAAGGCGCUGCUGAGCAGGUAGUGAUCAGUGGGAUCCUGCCAAUCCUGGCCCUGUCUCUGAGGAGCAGAGGGCCUCUCGCUCCACUGACAGCCAAGCUACUGGCUGAGCUCGCCAAGGAAUCUGUGAUCCGUAAAGGUUUCGGUGACUUGGGUUUGGUCACGGCUCUGCUGUCGGUGCUGACCAGUACGGACCAAGAGCUGCUUCUUCACGCUACCAGGACCAUCUCACACAUGUCUUAUGACAGCCCUAAACAGCAGGAGCUGCUGCUACGCCGAGGCGCCGUGCCUCGUCUUGUCGCCAUCCUGCUCCGAUGUCCCAGGAAGGAGCCCCUGGAGGGGGCGUGCCUCCAGGCCCUCUGUAACCUCAGCGGCAUGGGACUGGCAGAGGAGGCCAGCCUGGUCUGGGAGAGGGGAGUGUCCGUGAGGCCCGGGGAGUCUGUGUUUCACGGCGUCUCUCCCCAAACCUGCGGUUUCGCCUCCUCCGUGACCCUGGUCCGCGUGUCUCAGUGGGGGCCAGGUCAAUACGCCGUCAACAUCGAGGUGUUCCAGCGCUGCUCCUCCUCCUUCUGGAACCUUCACGGGAACCAACGGACUGCUCGCUGGUUCCCGUUCUCCAGCUUGGGGAGCUAUUUAAAUCUGUAUAGGUUGAUGAAGUUCUCCACAAGGAACAUUUCGCGAACGAAAAGCCUGAAGUCUCGCGUGUUCCACACUUUCCUCUGACAGCUUGAAGACUGCAAAAAUGGUGGCCUAAACUAACUUUGCUAUAAAACCCAGAGGGGAUAAGAGGGAUAACUGAAACCCCUCUGACUCUAACCCCCUAGUUCAUAAGCACUGAAUCAUCAAAAGGAACUCUACCAUAACCCUGGACGUGUACAUCCACAAAAAAAGUCUGUGAACCCUUUGGAAUUACUUGGAUUUCUGCAUGAACUGGUCAUAAAAUGUGUUCUGGUUGAACCUCCUUUGGCAGCAAGAACCUCAACCAAACAUUUCCUAUAUUUGCAGAUCAGAACUGCACAACAUUCAGGAGGAAUUUUGGACCAUUCCUCUUUACGAAACUGUUUCAGUUCAGCAAUGUUCUUGGGACGUCUCUGUUGCUCUCUUGAGGUCUCAGUCGGGUUGAGGUCAAGACUCUGACCAGGCCACUCCAGACCGUGUAUUUUCUUCCGUUGUUCAUUUACUUAUGUGCUUUGGGUCGUUGUCCUGUUGCAUCACCCAUCCACCGUUGAGCUUCAGUUGGCGGACAGAUGUUUUUUAGUUUUCCUGCGGAAUGUCUUGAUAAACUUGCGAAUUCAUUUUUCCAUCGAUGACAGCAAUCCGUCCAGGCAAAGGCGGCAAAUCAACCAUGACGCUCCCUCCACUCUAUUUCACAUUUAGGAUGUUGGUUUUGAUGUUGGUGUGCUGUGCCAUUUUUUUUUCUCCAAACAUAGUCUUGUUGUGUUCUUUCCAAACAAUCCCAUUUUGGUUUCAUCUGUCCACAGAAUAUUUUACAAGGUGCUCUUUUGCAAACUUCAAAUGUGCAGCGAUUUCCUCUGUUGUGUCCUCCCAUGAACUCCAUUCUUGUUUUUGUUUUUUUACUUGUUGUAGAUUUGUCAACAAAAAAUGUUAGCAUGUGCUAGAGAUUUCUGUAAGUCUUUAGCUCACACUUUAGGAUUCUUCUUCACCUCAUUGAGCAUUCUGUGCUCAUGCAGUCAUGCUUACAGGACGCGCAGGGAGAGUGGACACAUGAAAGUCAAGACUUUUAGAGGUACUUUUGUAAAACCUUUCCAGCUCCAUGCAAGCCAGUCGUAGAUCUGUGAGCUCUUUUGCAUGAGGCAUGGUUUACAUCACGCUGCUUGAGAACAGAAAAUUCAAAACUCGUGUGUGUGUGUUUUGAUAGGGCAGGGCAGCUUUAACCAACGCUUCCAAUCUCAUCACAUUGAUUGGACUCCAGUUUGGCUCACUCCAGGCUCCAAUUACCUCUUAGAGAAGCCAUUAGCCCAGGGGCUCACAUACCUUUUCCACCCUGCACUAUGAUUGUUUACAUGUUGUGUUCAAUAAAAAACGUAAAAACGUCUAAUUUUUUAUGCGGUAUUAGUUUAAGCAGACUGUGUUUGUCUAUCGUUGUGACUUAGAUGCAGAUCAGAACACAUUUUAUGACCCACUUAUGCAGAAAUCCAAGUAAUCCCCAAAGGGUUCAGAUACUUUCUGUUGCAACUGUAAAUGUCUCUUCACUAUUGCUGCUGACUUAUCACAGUUUUGUUUUUAUUGCUUGGCGUCAAUUGAAGUUAUAAAUCAUAGGAAAUUGUGUAUACGCAUGAUAAUGAAAGUGCUUGAACCUAAUAUUUUUGCUUCUUUCUAUCUUUGACACACACUUCUAAUAAAAUACCUUUAUUUUU